CUCUUCCAUUCGAACGAGAUAAACAGUCAAUGCGUUGGAUGCUGUGUUCCUACUGCACCCGUCCGCUCUCCCACCACUCCAAAUAAUUUGCCUUUGGGGGACUUACCUCACCCGUCCCCAAGCUUCCGAGCAACACCCAUCUUCAUCCUAAUUCCAGCACGCUCCCUCCCCAGCGUUGCUGUUCCUUCCUUUAGACACUAUACCCCUCCUUUUGCCGUGUACUAGACUAGAGAUACCCAUUGAGCUCCGGCGAGCUUUGGCAUCAUCUCUCUGAUACCCCGACUCGACCACCCACCUACACUCCACGCAUUCCCAGCACCAUGCGUCCCGAGGUCGAGCAGGAGCUCUCGCACACGCUGCUCAUUGAGCUGCUUGCAUAUCAAUUCGCCUCGCCUGUGAGGUGGAUUGAGACGCAGGAUGUGGUCCUCGGCGAGAACACCACAGAGCGCAUCGUCGAAAUUGGCCCCGCAGACACACUCGGUGUGAUGGCCAAGCGCACACUGGCCUCCAAAUAUGAAGCUCACGAUGCGGCGCUGUCAGUCCAGCGUCAGAUUCUGUGCUACAACAAGGACGCCAAAGACAUCUACUACGAUGUGGACCCUGUCGAGGACGAGCCAGAGGCGGCACCAGCUGCCAGCGGAGGCGCUCCAGCAGCAGCUUCAUCAGCACCCGCAGCAGCAGCAGCUCCCGCGGCUGCCGCCCCUGCUUCCAACGCUGGCCCAGCUGCUCAGGUGCCGGAUGCCCCAGUCACAGCGACCGACAUUCUGCGGGCAUUGGUCGCCCAGAAGUUGAAAAAGCCUCUUAUGGACAUUCCUCUGAGCAAAGCCAUCAAGGAUUUGGUUGGAGGCAAAUCCACUCUUCAGAACGAAAUUCUCGGAGACUUGGGCAAGGAAUUCGGUUCCACGCCCGAGAAGCCCGAAGAUACUCCUCUCGACGAGCUCGGUGCUUCGAUGCAGGCUACCUUCAAUGGUCAGCUUGGAAAGCAGUCCUCCUCCCUCAUUGCCCGUAUGGUGUCCUCCAAGAUGCCUGGUGGCUUCAACAUCACAGCUGUGCGAAAGCACUUGGAGACAAGAUGGGGUCUGGCGCAGGGACGACAGGACGGACUUUUGCUGCUCGCUAUCACAAAUGAGCCAGCGGCACGUCUUGGCUCUGAGAAUGACGGAAAGGCAUUCUUGGACGAGCAGGCCAACAAGUACGCCUCAAUUGCGGGCAUCAGUCUGUCCGCCCCUGUGGCCGGUGGUGACGGCAGCGGUGCUGGUGGAGGCAUGAUGAUGGACCCUGCGGCCAUCGACGCCCUUACCAAGGACCAGCGCCAGCUUUUCAAGCAGCAGCUGGAACUGUUUGCCAGAUACCUCAAGAUCGACCUGCGCGCUGGCGACAAGUCAUUCGUCGACUCGACAAAGGCACAGUCUGCGCUCCAGGCGCAAUUGGACCUCUGGACAACCGAGCACGGCGAGUUCUACGCCUCUGGAAUUGAGCCUCAAUUCACUCCUCUCAAGGCGCGUGUUUACGAUUCGUCCUGGAACUGGGCGCGUCAAGACGCUCUUACCAUGUACUACGACAUCAUCUUUGGCAAGCUCAAGGCUGUUGAUCGUGAAAUUGUCAGCCGCUGCAUUGCGAUCAUGAACCGAUCGAACCCUCUCCUCCUCGACUUCAUGCAGUACCACAUGGACCACUGCCCGACCGAGCGCGGCGAGACCUACGAGCUUGCAAAGGAGCUCGGCCAGCAGCUUAUCGACAACUGCCGAGACGUCCUCAACGAGCCCCCUGUCUACAAAGACGUCGCCGUGCCUACCGCGCCCCACCUUGAGAUCGAUGCUCGCGGCAACAUGAACUAUGAGGAGGCUCCUCGCCCAAGUGUCCGCAAGCUGGAGCAUUACGUGCGUGAAAUGGCUGAGGGAGGCAAGCUCUCGGAGUACGGCAACCGUACAAAGGUUCAGAACGACCUGCAACGCAUCUACAAGCUCAUCAAGCAGCAACACAAGCUUUCCAAGUCAUCACAGCUGCAGAUCAAGAGCCUGUACAGCAACGUCAUUCGCUCUCUCUCAAUGAACGAGGGUCAGAUCAUGCCUAGCGAGAACGGCAAGGGCGCGAAUGGAAAGCGUGGCCGCAACGGUCGUGCCAACGGCUCUACCAAGCAGGGCAAGGUUGAGACUAUUCCUUUCCUCCACUUAAAGAGGAAGGAUGACCACGGCUGGGAAUACAGCAAGAAGUUGACUGGUGUCUACCUUGACUGCCUCGAGAACGCCGCCAACAACGGUGUCACCUUCCAGGGCAAGUACGCUUUGAUGACAGGUGCUGGCGCUGGCUCCAUUGGUGCCCAGGUCCUGCAGGGUCUGAUUAGCGGAGGUGCCAAGGUCGUUGUCACCACCUCCAGGUUCUCCCGCGAAGUCACUGAGUACUACCAGUCCAUGUACACCCGCUAUGGUGCUCGUGGCUCUCAGCUCAUCGUCGUGCCCUUCAACCAGGGCAGCAACCAGGAUGUUGAGGCACUCGUUGACUACAUCUACGACCCCAAGAAGGGCUUGGGCUGGGACCUUGAUCUCAUUGUUCCGUUCGCUGCCAUUCCCGAGAACGGUCGUGAGAUUGACAGCAUUGACUCCAAGUCCGAGCUUGCUCAUCGUAUCAUGUUGACCAACCUCCUCCGCAUGCUUGGUGCUGUCAAGAAGCAGAAGCAGGCUUUCGGCUACGAGACUCGCCCCGCCCAGGUUAUCCUGCCCCUCUCCCCCAACCACGGUACCUUCGGUAACGAUGGUCUUUACUCUGAGUCGAAGAUGUCUCUUGAGACUCUCUUCUCAAGGUGGCACUCAGAGAGCUGGGGCAACUACCUCACCAUUUGCGGUGCUGUCAUCGGCUGGACUCGUGGUACUGGUCUUAUGGGCGCAAACAAUAUCGUUGCUGAGGGUAUUGAGAAGUACGGUGUCCGCACCUUCUCUCAGCAGGAGAUGGCCUUCAACUUGCUUGGUUUGAUGGCACCGGCUAUCGUCAACCUCUGCCAGAUCGAGCCUGUCUGGGCUGAUCUGAACGGUGGCUUCCAGUACAUCCCCAAUCUCAAGGACCUCAUGACCGAUCUCCGCAAGGAGCUCACCGAGACAAGCGAUGUCCGCAGGGCUGUCAUCAAGGAGAACGCUAUCGAGAACAAGGUUGUCCACGGCGAGGCUAGCGAGGCUUUGUACAAGAAGGCCAAGAUCGAGCCAAGAGCCAACAUGAAGUUCGACUUCCCCAAGCUGCCCGACUGGGAUGCCGAGGUCAAACCUCUCAACGAGGACCUGAAGGGUAUGGUCGAUCUUGAGAAGGUUGUCGUCGUUACCGGUUUCGCUGAAGUUGGACCUUGGGGUAACUCCAGGACCCGCUGGGAGAUGGAAGCCUACGGCGAGUUCUCGCUCGAGGGUUGUCUCGAGAUGGCCUGGAUCAUGGGUCUCAUUAAGAACCACAACGGCCCGCUCAAGGGUAAGAGCUACUCUGGCUGGGUUGACGCCAAGACCGGCGCACCCGUCGAUGACAAGGAUGUCAAGCCCAAGUACGAGAAGUACAUUCUCGAGCACAGCGGUAUCCGUCUCAUCGAACCAGAGCUGUUCAACGGUUAUGAUCCCAACAAGAAGCAGCUUAUGCAGGAGAUUCAGAUUGAGGAGGACCUUGACCCUUUCGAGGCCUCGAAGGAGACUGCCGAGGAGUUCAAGCGCCAGCAUGGCGACAAGGUCGAGAUCUUCGCCAUCGAGGAGUCCGGCGAGUACACCGUUCGCAUGAAGAAGGGUGCUACUCUCAUCAUCCCCAAGGCUCUUCGCUUCGAUCGCCUUGUUGCUGGUCAGAUCCCCACCGGCUGGGACGCGAAGAAGUACGGUGUCCCAGAUGACAUCAUCUCCCAAGUCGACCCGGUCACCCUCUUCGUCCUCGUGUCGACAGCAGAGUGUCUGCUUGCCAGUGGUAUCACCGACCCCUACGAGUUCUACCAGUAUGUCCACUUGUCUGAAGUCGGUAACUGUGUCGGUUCCGGUAUCGGUGGUACCACUGCUCUGAGGGGAAUGUACAAGGACCGCUUCCUUGACAAGCCUGUUCAGAAGGAUAUCCUCCAGGAGUCUUUCAUCAACACCAUGAGCGCCUGGGUCAACAUGUUGCUCAUGUCGUCCACGGGACCCAUCAAGACUCCCGUCGGUGCUUGCGCUACUGCCGUCGAGUCCAUUGACAUCGGUUACGAUACCAUUGUCGAGGGCAAGGCUCGCGUCUGCUUCGUUGGUGGUUUCGACGACUUCCAGGAGGAGGGCUCUUACGAGUUUGCCAACAUGAAGGCUACCAGUAACGCCGAAGAUGAGUUUGCUCACGGUCGUACACCCAAGGAGAUGUCCCGUCCUACCACCACAACCCGUAACGGAUUCAUGGAAUCGCAAGGUUGCGGUAUGCAGGUCAUCAUGGAUGCUAAGCUGGCGCUCGACAUGGGUCUUCCCAUCUAUGGUGUUCUUGGCUUCACGGCUACCGCCACUGACAAGAUUGGUCGUUCCGUCCCUGCUCCUGGUAAGGGUGUGUUGACUACUGCUCGUGAACAAGCCUCCAAGUUCCCCUCGCCUCUGCUCGACAUCAAGUACAGGAAGCGCCAGAUGGAUCUCCGCCGCAAGCAAAUCAAGCAAUGGCAGGAGUCUGAGCUUCUGUACCUCCAGGAGGAAGUCGCCGCAAUUAAGGACUCCGCCUCCGAGGACUUCAGUGAGGCUGAGUAUCUCCAGGAGCGCGCCAACCAUAUUGAGCUUGAGGCUCAGCGACAAGAGAAGGAUGCUCUCAACAGUCUUGGCAACAACUUCUGGAAGAAGGAUCCCCGCAUUGCGCCUCUCCGUGGUGCCCUUGCUACUUGGGGUCUUACCAUCGAUGACCUUGACGUCGCCUCUUUCCACGGCACAUCUACUGUCGCCAACGACAAGAACGAGUCCAGCGUCAUCUGCGAACAAAUGCGUCACCUCGGCCGCAAGAAGGGUAACGCAUUGCUCGGUAUCUUCCAGAAGUAUCUUACUGGUCACCCCAAGGGUGCUGCUGGAGCCUGGAUGUUCAACGGCUGCUUGCAGGUUCUCAACUCAGGUCUUGUGCCUGGUAACCGAAACGCGGACAACGUCGACAAGAUCAUGGAGCAGUUUGAUUACAUCGUCUACCCUUCGCAGGCAAUCCAGACCGACGGCAUCAAGGCUUUCUCCGUCACCUCCUUCGGUUUCGGACAGAAGGGUGCUCAGGCUAUUGGUAUCCACCCCAAGUACCUCUACGCUGCUCUCGAGCACACUCAGUUUGCUGCCUACAAGCAGAAGGUUGAGGCUCGCCAGAAGAAGGCGUACCGUUACUUCCACGAUGGCCUCAUCAAUAACACCAUGUUCCGCGCUAAGGACAAGGCUCCUUACGAGGACGACAAGAUGCAGGAGGUCUUCCUCAACCCCCGUGCACGUGUUGCCAUGGAUAAGAAGACUGCCACCUACAGCUACCCAAAGAAGGUCGCUGCGGACCCCAAGAAGGACAAGAGGGCUGAAGAGACCCAAAAGAUGGUUGAGUCCCUGACCAAGGCUACUGCCUCGGCUAACACCAAGGUCGGUGUUGACGUCGAGAGUAUCAGCGCCAUCAACAUCGAGAACGAUACCUUCAUCGAGCGCAACUUCACCCAGAAGGAGAUUGCCUACUGCCAGAAGGCUGCCAACCCUCAGGCCAGCUUCACUGGCAAGUGGUCAGCAAAGGAGGCAGUCUUCAAGUCCCUCGGUGUGAAGGGCAAGGGUGCAGGUGCUGCCCUGAAGGACAUCGAGAUUGGCAACGACGAGACUGGUGCGCCGGUCGUCGAGCUUUCUGGUCACGCUCAGGAAGAGGCCAAGCGCGUGGGUGUCAAGAGCAUCAACAUCAGCAUCAGCCACUCAGACGAACAGGCUGUCUCUGUCGCGAUCGCACAGUUCUAGGAGACUUGUGUGUGUGUGCACUGCGUGUGAUGUUAUACAUAUAGAUGGAGGACGAUUCAAAAUCUUGAAGAGAGAUGAUGUAUUUGUUAGUUUAGGCGUGGGUGUUUGGGAGCCUCUUUCGUUGCUUAGACCAGCAUACCACCUUGUUACUCAUUGUAAUGCAAUUCAAAACAAUUUCCAAAU